AUGACACCUCCUCCCUGCGCGCAAACAGCUGAACACGUCGUGGUCGCCACUGAUACACCUCAGCGCCAUGCUACCAAGUACCACCAGCCGACACAGCUUGAAGCCCUGGAGGAUCUGUCGUGCGUAGCACCUACCGACCAGAUUAUCUGUGAGUCAGGAAAAGUGGACCUGCGAGAACAGAAUAUCGUUGACAUUGAAGAACUUGUGGAGCUUUGUACCCGUAUGGAAGAGGCUUGCGCGGGAUUCACAAGGUUUGAUUUCUGUCAGAUCUUGGAUGCUACAGAGAAUUUCUCAGAGAAGAUGAUAAUUGGAUGGGGAGGAUUUGGGAGGGUGUACAAGGGCCAGUUGCCUGGUGGACUUAAUGUUGCCAUCAAAAGAGCCGAUGAGCACGCAGCAAUGGUUGAAGUCAACAGUGAAUUGCAGCUUGCAAAGCUUCAGCAUGCCAAUGUGAUUCGGUUAUUGGGGUGGUGCAUCCAUGGGAAAGAAAGGAUUCUAGUAUAUGAGUUCAUGCAAAAUGGUUCCUUAGAUCGUUACCUAUGCGCUAGAGCACUGAGUUCAGAUGUAGCAGAAGAGCGCACGAGUAGGGUCGUGGGAACCAGUGGUUACAAGGCUCCAGAGUAUGCAUCUCGAGGAGUUUACUCGCUGAAGACAUAUGUUUUCAGCUUUGGCGUUUUGGUUCUGGUGAUUAUUAGUGGCCGAAAGAAUACCAUACUUGACAAGCGAGGGGAUACUGUUGGUGAUCUUGUACGAGAUGCCUGGCGCACGUGGAAGGACCAAAGGUUGCAUGAGCUUGUGGAUCCGUUGUUAGGGGAAAGAUAUGAAGCCGCUGAGAUAACGAGAUGCGCUCAGGUGGCACUACUUUGCUCUCAGGAAGAUCCAGCAGAUCGGCCCACCAUGACAGAUGUUGCUGCAAUGCUGAACUCUGAAAACAUAAGCUCACCGAUGGAGCCUAAGCAGCCCGCCGCGCUAAUCCAUGGGUGUGCCGACAUAGACACGACAUCGACAUACGUGGGCCGAUCAAGCAGGACAAUAGACAUAAUGAUAACGAGUUCAGCUCCAGUGUCGACCACGGUUCGAAUCAUUCUAGACCCGGAGGUUUGA